AUGGCUGGCGCUUUCCUAACGGUCUGCGCUGCCUCGGCGCCAUCUUGCCCGCUUGAUUUCCAGGGCAACCUGAAGCGGAUUCUCCAGUCCAUCAAGGAGGCCAAGGAGGCCGGGGCAACGCUGAGAUGUGGCAGUGAGCUCGAGAUCUGCUGGGAGGUGCUUGGCGAGAUUAUAUCUGAUCCGAUAUGCAAGGAUAUGCUGAUUGACGUGGGAAUGCCUGUUCGAUCUCGCAAUGUCCAGUACAACUGCAGGGUGCUGUGCUCCUACAGCGUCAUAUAUGGCAUCAGAGCGAAGCAGGCGAUGGCCAAUGAUGGCCUUCACUUUGAAGCGCGCCACUUCAGUGCUUGGGUGAAGGAGAGGCAGGUCGAGCAAUGUACGCUGCCGCUUCACAUCCAAAGCAUCACGGGUCAAACCACUGCUCCCAUAGGAGAUUUCAUCUUGAGGGCAAGGGACGUCAGCAUCGGUGUCGAGACGUGCGAGGAAAUGGCAAGCAUGGCGGGUGCCGAAGUUAUCCUCAACAGCAGUGCCAGUCACGCGGAGCUCCGAAAACUGAAACAGAGGUUGGACCUGAUUGCCAACUCUUCCCGCAAGAAUGGCGGCCUAUAUAUGUACGUUAACGCAUCCGGCGUUGAUGGCGAAGCCCGUCAAAUGCACGACGGGAGCUCCCUUCUCAUUCUCAACGGCGAGGUUCUCGCUCAAGGAUCGCAGUUCAGCCUCAAACAGGUCGAAUGCACCGUGGCCACGGUCGACAUCGGCCGCGUGCGCAGCUACCGGGCCAGCGCCGCGCGUGGCGUACAAGCUGCGGCCCAGCAACUCUACCCAGAGGUCGAAUGCCCCCUGACACUAUGUGUCUCAGCCGAGGAAAUCUAUCUGUCACCUACAAAGACUAUUGCGAAGGAAACCCCAAUACGCAUCCUGGAUCCCAUGGACGAGAUAGCGCUUGCCACAGCAGUCUUCCUCUGGUCAUACUUGGUACGGACAAACUCGGCUGGCUAUUUCCUGGCGUUAUCCGGCGGCCUCGACAGUAGCACAGUGCUGCUCUUCGUCUAUUCCAUGGCAAGGCUGGUUUGCCAGUCGAUAGAGGCCGGUGAAGAAAGCACCCUGCAGGAUCUGCGCAGAGUUGUUGGCAUCGAAGACUACACGCCUCCGAAUCCAGAGGAUGUUGUGCGAAGACUGCUCACGACUGCCUACAUGGGCACGUCCAACUCGAGCUCGGAAACGCGUUCGCGCGCAAAGAGACUCGCGGAGAGGCUCGGUGCGUAUCACUUGGAAGUGGAAAUUGACGACAUUGUGGCCGCCGAAGAGAACCUGAUCGGUCAGGCCUUUGAUGGCUUCAAACCCAAGCACGUCGUCGAGGGGGGCAGUAAUGCUGAAGGCCUCGCCAAGCAGAACCUGCAGGCACGCACAAGAAUGAUUGUGGCGUACUCCAUGGCCCAGCUGUCGACGCAGGCAAGAUCGUUGCCUCGUGCGGGCACCAGCCUCCUCGUGCUUGCGUCGUCUAAUGUUGAAGAAGGCUUGCGAGGUUACUUCACAAAGUACGACGCAUCAAGCGCGGACAUAAAUCCUCUCGGUAGCAUCAGCAAGAUUGACAUUAUGGCAUUCCAGAGGCACGUCAUGAAGGCCUGGGACCUCCCUAUACUGGCAGAGUUUAUCUCCGCAACACCAACCGCGGAGCUCAUCCCCCUGAAGGAGGGCCAGGCAGUACAGACCGACGAGGAAGAGAUGGGACUGACUUAUCGCGAGUUGAGUACCUUUGGAAGACUCCGAAAGGUGCACAAAUGCGGCGCAUGGUCGACCUACCUGAGACUCCUGGCGGACUGGAAAGAGGAGCGCUCCCCGAGAGAAACGGCGGACACAGUGUGCCGCUUCUUCAAGUGGUGGGCCAUCAACAGGCACAAGAGCACGAUCCUGCCGCCCAGCAUACAUCUCGAGUCGUACUCUCCGGACGACAACCGACAUGACCUUCGUCCGUUCUUGCUCGCGGUCACCUGGCCGUGGCAGUUUCAGAAGAUCUAUGCGCAUGUAGAGGAGCUGGAGAAGGGCUUACGCAAGAGGGAAGCCGCACAGGCUGGCGCUGCGUGA